AUCCUAAGAGCCGGCAAGAGCGUAUUUACUCUGGAAUAAUCUCAAAAUGGCACGCCAAGGAAUCCAGUGGUUUAACGCUCAUAUAUUUUCGAUAAAUGGCAAACCCAUGAAAUUUUAUUUGGACGGUUUUGAUCUAGUCGAAUUUUACAGGAUUAUCAAAAUCGUGGAGGCGUAUGGGGGGAAAUUCUCAGAACCAGGAGAAGAUGUUGUGGUUUUCUCCAGAUCUCAUGGUUCCUCUAAAAAAUAUGACAAUCUUUUUCACGUCAACUUUCUUUCUGACUCUAUCGCUUCGAAUAACACUCAAGACCCGAUGAAAUACACGUUGUCGCCGAAUGCCAAAAUAUCGUUUAUCCAUGAGAAAGGAUCAAUCGUAGAAAGGAACGUCAGUCAUUGUUGUGAGAACCACAACAAAAAUUGUGCAAACGAAAUUCGGGGAACGACUAAUCGGACAGAUCAACAGAUCCCCAGUAUCGUCCCCCAACUAGAUCCUCAGGUCAACAUAAAAUUAGAAAUAGAUUCGAAGAAAGAGAUCCCCAAUUUAUACCACUGCAUGAAUUCUGAAACAAGAAAGAGACACAUGGAAAUGAGAGGCUCUAACUGCUACGUCCUCUGUUCUUCCUUAUCUAAAGAGGACAAUCACCUCGAGGUUCCAAAAAAAUACAUGAAAACGAGUGCAGAAGGUCCGAGAACUGGAGGAAUUCCUGGGGAUAGACUCUCUCAGAAUUUCUCUUCGAAUUCUCACGAGGAGAGUCUGGGAAAUUCUGUCAAAGAAAGCGAAUCAGAUUCCUGGGGUGAGGAAGCACCUGGCUGUGCUAGGGUGAGAAUUUACGAGGCCGCCAGGAUCUCUGAUAACACCAGGACUAUGGCAAAAGCGUUUGAUGCAGUUCCUUAUGGGAAUGUAACUUCAAUUAAUUUAUCCUCUAAUGGAAACAGUUCACAGUACGUUUCAAGAAACAAUUCUGAACUUUAAAAAAUAUCUCGUCUUUAUUGCUGAAAUGUUCAUUCGACUUUUUCGGAGACUUUUGAAAUUUUUUUUUUAGUUAAUGAAUUUUUGUUGCAAUAUUUUCUCGCAAUGAACAGCUCAACGAGGGCUACAGAGGCAUAUGCAGUUACAAAUUCUAUAAAAAAGUUCUGGAUAUAUUGUUAAAGCAUGAAUAAAAAUAUAAUAAACUGUCAAACUUGUUGACACUUGAUGGUUUUAUUUGUAAUAUAUUCUCGAGACAGUUUGCUGUACUGGCAGUACAAAAUACAACUUCUGGGUGAAAACGACAGAAAAUUGACUGUGAAUUAUUGCAUGAAGUAUUUUGAAUAAUAAAAUCAAGGGAAAUAUUAGAUUA